AAUUCUACUAUUAAGAGGGAUAGACAGAUUAUAAUUUUUAUAAGUUUGUCUCCUCAACCUCUCUACAAAACAUACAGGUACUUAACAUGUACAAUUAUCAUCAAAAAUAUUUACUGGAGUUUAUUUCUAUUCUGCAUACAAAUGCUCAUCCUAUUUUCGUUUUUCUUUCUAAUUUCUACUACAUCAUCAAAGUGAUUAUUUUCUAGCCUUGAUUUCAUUUUAUGUUCAAUGACUUCCAGUUGUCGUACUUCAAUUGCCUUCAUCAACAUACAUAGUCUUAAAUAACAAGUUGGAUAUACACAAUGAAAUAAUGACUGAUAAUUGAUUUAUGCGCGAGUGCAUUUAAAAGAAGUAAACAUAUAAUUAAUGUCACUCUCCGUAUCUAUAUAUACAUAUAUAUUAUUAUUAUUUUACGAGAAAAGAUAAUUCUAAUUAAUUUUUAAUGCCUACUUCAUAACUUCUAAGAAUUACAUCAUGUUUACAACUCGACGUGGAUUAUUAGCUCCACAGAAUACAUUCCUUGAUACAAUCAUACGAAAAUGUGAUGGACAAAAUUCUUGUUUUCUACUCGCCAAUGCGCGUAUUUUAGAUUUUCCUAUAGUUUAUGUUAGUAAUGGAUUUAUUAAUCUAACUGGAUUUGGUCGUGUUGAAGUAAUGCAAAAACCUGGUCUAUGUCCAUUUCUACAUGGACCACAAACAAAUAAAUCAAUAAUGGCUACACUGGAAAAUGCCUUUAAAGAACAAAAAUCUGAACAUGUAGAAGUUAUUCUAUACAAGAAGAACUUGACCCCAUUGUGUAUUCUAGUGGAAUUGAUUCCGAUAAGAAACGACGAAAAUGUUGUGGUACUAUUUCUUAUUACUCUCAAAGAUUUGACAGCAUUUCGUCAGCCGCUGAAAGAAGAAACUGCUCAGACGUCUGCAUUAGGAGCAUUUGCAGCUGCAAGUGAUGCUGGUAGCAGUUGGGGAAAAUUUGCACGUUUAGUAUUUUCAAUGGUUCGACAAAAAGCUGAUGAAUUAAGUGAAAAUCAUAGUCAAGAUCCAUCUGAUCCACCAGUGUUGAAUAUUGAAAAUGAAACCUUACAAGGUUCACAAGAUAAACAACAGAAUCCUCAGUCACAGUCAACUGGAACUAAUAAAAGCGUUGAAUGUGUAAAAGAGUCAAACAGUGAUAGUAAUAAUAAUAAUAAUACAAAUGAUGACAGUGAAAUUAUCCCAUUGAAACAACAAGUUAAACGCAAUUCAAUAAAACCAAAUCAACACUUAUCACCACCGGAUACUAUAGACAGUUGUCGUAGUAGCAUAGUCGGCAGUUGUCCAAAAUCACUAAAUAAAAUGGAAUCUGGUGAUUUCGACUUAACUAAUUUGGAAAUAAAAUCAAAGAGACACAGGUGUAAUUUAUUUAAGAAAAGAACAAAUAAAGCGAAUCAUACAGCAUCAAAUUCAAAAAAGCUUGGAAAUAUUAAAGGUACAAAUAUAAACGGUGAUGUUGAGGAUCUUUUCAGUAAUCAGUGGUCAGCACCUGAAUCUGUUCCACGCUACCGCCCAGAGCCUCCGUGUCCUCCAAAACAUGUAUUACUUCACUACUCAGUCUUUCGAAUUGUAUGGGAUUGGACUAUUCUACUGUUAACUGGUUAUACAGCUAUUAUUGUCCCACUGAGAGUGGCAGUUAUCCCUCGACCAGCAUGGAUUCCUUCUGCGGAUCCAUUAUCUUUACAGUCAAAUAAUGAAAAGGAUUGGUUGCAUCCAACAACUCUUGAAAUUUUAACAAUAACAGAUGCAAUUAUAGACAUUAUAUUCGGUGUAGAUAUCGUAUUAAAUUUCCAUACAUCAUUUGUUGGAGCAGGAGGUGAAGUUGUUGCUGAUCCACCAGUUAUUCGAAUGAAUUAUCUAAGUGGUUGGUUUACUCUAGACCUAUUGGCUUGUCUUCCGUAUGAAAUAUUAAAAUACUGUUGGCCUGUAAAUAACACAGAUGUUUAUUAUUUAAUGGAUGCACUGCGCAUAGUUCGAUUAUUACGAAUAGGACGUGCAGCUAGAAGAAUUGAUCAAUAUUUGGAAUAUGUUUCCACUUUAUUACUUCUUAUGAUUUUAUGCUUUUUUCUAUUAGCACAUUGGUUUGCUUGUGCAUGGUAUGCUGUUGGUGUAUAUGAUUUAGAAAAUAAAGUAUAUUAUGGUUGGAUACCAAGAAUAUAUAAUGAUUCAUUAAAACCACAGAAUUGGGAAGAAUUUUCCUUAUAUGAUCGUGAUAUCACAGUGUCUACAGUACAGUUGAAUAAAACCCACUUAUUAAUCAAUCAACAUGAUUCAACUGUACAUAAUUCACAAACUCCAUCUUCAUCUACACAGAACCAAAAUUAUUUUUUACAAUCUACUAAUUUUACUAAUUGUUCAAUGAAUAAAACAUGUGUAAAUAAACUAUUAAUUCAGAAUAAAACGCUUAAUUUACAACUGGUGAGACAAAAUCAUCAACAAAGUGUUUAUAUGUUAUCACCAUCAUCAACUUUACCAUUACAGAAUUCAAGAGAUAAAUGGGCAGCAUAUUUAACAGCACUCUACUUUAGUUUAUCAUUACUUACAACAAUUGGAUUUGGUAAUGUAGCAGCUUUUACUGAAAGUGAAAAAUUGUUAUCAAUUUGUUGUAUGCUUAUAGGAGCCUUAGUAUAUGCAACAAUAUUUGGAAAUGUAACAACUAUUGUACAACAAAUGUACGCCACUCGUACAAGAUACAAUGAAAUGAUGAAGGGAGUUAAAGACUUUUUGAAAAUCCAUGAAGUACCAAGAGAACUAGGCGAACGUGUUAUCGACUAUAUCACUUCUUCUUGGUCAGUAACUAAAGGUAUUGAUACAGUCAAAGUACUCAAUUAUUGUCCAAAAGAUAUGCAAGCAGAUAUAUCUGUCCACUUGAACCGUUGUGUAUUCAAUAGUCAUGCUGCAUUUCGUCUGGCAAGUGAUGGUUGUCGACGUUCAUUAGCUGUCAACUUUCAAACGCUGCAUACAGCACCAGGUGAUUUAAUAUGUCAUCAAGGUGAAAGUGUUGAUCAAUUGUGUUUUAUAGCUAGUGGAACUUUAGAAGUAUUACAGGAUGAUGAAGUUAUAGCUAUACUAGGUAAAGGUGAUGUUUUCGGUGAUCCUUUAUGGAAAAAUACAGUUUCAGUACCGGCUGCCGCAAGUGUUAGAGCGUUAACCUAUUGCACUUUGCAUACAAUACGAUUGGAUCGUUUACGAAUUGUACUUAAUUUUUAUCAUGCAUUUGCAAACAGUUUUACAAGAAAUUUAGAGUUAACUUAUAAUUUAUGCAACCGGGUGAUAUUUCGAAAAUUAUCGGAUGUAAGAAGAGAGAUGGAACUUUCAAUGAGAAAAAACAAAGAGCCACCACUUAGUACACUUCCACCAACUCACCCUGUAAGAAAAUUAAUUUCUAGGCUCCGUCGUUCAAGUCAAGUCGGUGAUUUGUCGUCUAAACAAUGCUUAAGUACAAUUGUAUCCUGUCACACUUCACUUGAUGGUUCAGAAUUAGAAAAUUCAAGUAUUUCAGAUGUAAUGGUAAAUAGUACUACUGAUAAACCAGCAUCAAAUGGUAAACCUCAACCGGUAGUAACAGAAAAUGAAGCUAUGAAUUCUACAGUCAGUGAAUUUAAAGUACCAACACCCAUAUCAAGUCCUCUUAAAUCACUUCCUAAUAAUUCUGGUGAUGUGCAACCUCCAGGAGAAAGUCCAUCUGUUGUCCAACCAGGUAUCGGAAGAGGACAGAAUCCUGCUAGGAAAUGGGCUCGUCUUAUAUCCAAGGUUUCACAGGCGCCGCUUCAAAAUCUUAACGAAGAACCAAAUGAAGAGACAAAUCGUUUAACAGCAAUUUAUGAUAGGAAUGAGAAACGCAAAUCAGAAACUCAACUGACAAUGAAACCAAUAGGUGAUCAGAAUGUAUCACAACCACCUGUAAGUAUAAUACCAUCACUGCCGUUAAAUAUCGGUCAGACGUCUACGGUAUCCUCGAAGAAAUUACCAGCUCCACUGCCACCUCCUACGUCAAUAACUCCAGCAGUAACACCUGUAUACUCUACAAGUCCAUCAUCACCGAUUCCCUGUCAAGAUUUACAGAAAAUUGAAUUAUGUAUUGAAAAAUGCUUAAGUAAUUAUCAUGUACAACUUAGUCAACAAAUUAAUGGAAUUAUUACAAGAAUAGAUAAUUUAGAAGGACAAAUUGCUGACUUACGCAAUACAUUUGCUAAUCCAAGUAUUAUGAAUCAAAAUGCAAUGAAAUUAGACAAUUCACUUGUUAAUAUACAUAAAUCUGUCAACAGUAUUACCACGAAUAGCAGUAAUCCAGCAUUAACGGUUAAUACCACUAGUACUACUACUACUACUAGUAUUGCCACCUCUACCGGUUCUACUACAACACCAAGCACUAAUAACAAUAAUCACAUUUCGAAAGUUUGCAUAAAAUGAGAGCAACCGAUGAAUCAAUUAAAUAUUACCCAUUGAAUCAGAAGAUAACUAGAAGAUUCCUUUUCAUAGAGUUUGAUUACUAUCCAUUUGAGAUCGUCGUCAACAAUGUGCAAACUUAUAAUAGGAU